GUUCCUGGUUGUCUGUUGCUCAUAGGAUAUUACACACACUAUGAUGUAUAAUUCACACACAGGUUUCAGGCAUGAAGUGCUGAGAGUAAGUGAGUACGAAACUGAGAGGGAGAGAGAGAGUUAUAUAUAUAUUUUUAAUCACUGGUUAUCUGCCAUUGCCGAAUGAAAGAAGUGCCUGAACAGCCAUGAAAGGCAUACAGAAAUUACCGGAGCAGCACCAGCUAAGCAGCUUAUUCCCCAUUGUAGACCACUGGAACCCGUUUGGUAGCUAUGAUGGUAGGCAGGUGAAGGGUUUUGACCCCCAUUCUUCCUUCAACACUACAUCUUCUUCACCUACAAACAACACCAGCACCAACACCUGUAAAGCCAAACCAUCUGUACCUACUAGCAGUAUGAAACCAACAGACCUAUUCAGAGAUCAGGUUAAUGCUCUUUGGUCCUGCUUCAAGGACUGGAAUGAAUGCGAACAGACCCUGGUCCUUUACUCUCUCCUCAAAGGGGUGUCUGGAACUCAGGCUAAGUUCCUGUCCCUGGUGCUAGAUCAGGCACUUGCAGAGUCAGACCUUCAACAUACAGAGAGAGAAGCAAAUGAUCCUGAUUUUGUACGAGGCUUGAACCAUGAAAGCAAAGAAGAAGCCUUGGCUCAGGUUCUUUCACACCUACCACUCCUCCAGCCCAGCAGUACAGAGGCCAAAACAGAGUAUCUCAAACUCAUCCCAGAGCUCCUGAGCUACAUGCAGGACAAUGGUAUCCUCUUAAACGAAGCACAUCAGCUCUUCACAUACCUCGUCAUUCACCCGGCUCUCAGCUGUGAAGAACAAAUCCCGAGAAGUAAAUGGAUCAACCAGUUUGAUGAUCAACAGUCCUUCCCCCCAUCAUCAUGCUACCCAAGUCAGAUUGGUUCAGACCAGCUUGUUUCACCAUUCCUGAAACCAUCACCUUAUGCUUCCCAGGUGUCGGAGGGGUCCUCCACAGGACUCCUGAGAACAGGGAUGUGUGGUGAUUGGUAUCAAGGGAGUGGGGUUAGUGAUGGAGGUGGUGGUGGUGGUGGAGGAGGAGGAGGUGGUGGCCUGUUGGUAGGGUCAAACUCUUUUCAUCAGCCUCUUACAACAACCAUGUCUGCACCACCAGCUGUCAAUGUAACAGGACCUUCAUCAGAAGAUAGCCAUCCGAAAGGAAAGAGGAAUAGCUUUUUAGAAGAAAAAAGUGGAAUGAAAGAUGUACCAACAUGGCUAAAGAGCUUGAGAUUACACAAGUAUACAUAUCUUUUUGAAAGUCUAGACUAUGAUGAAAUGAUGGCACUUACUGAAAAGCAACUGGAAGACAUGGAUGUGACAAAAGGAGCGAGGAAUAAGAUCAUGCUCAGUAUACAGAAGUUGAAAGACAGGCAACCCAUUCUCAGAAAUCUAGAAAAGGAUAUCAUGUCAACAGGUAGCUCUAAGAACCUGAGAAAUGCCCUGAAUGAUAUCAAGAAUAUCAUUAACACACCCAUCCAUGCCUUCAACCCCAAAGAACAUCGUAGCAGUAGCAACAAGCCUGAGGAUAUCAGUACAAACCCUGCAGGAGUGGUGGGUGACAUGAGGCCUGAGAGUGGUUCGGAUCCUGAACAAGGUUCUAUGCCAGUACAGGAGGGAGACUUACCAGGACAGAUUACAAGGUUCAUGGGAAAAAUGUGUACUCAACUACUGAUGUCCCCUAGACCUCACGAGGAAACGAUAACACAGUACUUGCAGCUCCUUGACAAGUGCUAUAACCAUGAGGCUUUCACAUCAGCUCAGAAGAGCAAGCUUUUAUCAUGGAGAAAGAAUUGCCAAAAAUUCAGUCCCAACCCAUACGCCAGAAAGUCAUCCAUUGAUAGCAAGCAGACAAGAGGGUGGAGUCAUUAUUCAGGAGCAUUCAAUGAGCAUAGUGUUGGAAGUACAGGUGUAUCAGUAGGGGGUAGAAGACCAGUGAGUAGGCAACCAUUCGGGGGUAUGUCACAGCCCCAUCUCAACCCUCUACUAUCUAUGAGUAGCUUGGGUAGCCCUAGUCAGGCAUACAGGCAAUCACCUGGUAGUAACAUGUACCUUCACAGACAGUCUCUUGGAGGAAACCCUCAUUCGAUGGUACAAAGAACAAAAUCAGCCCCUAACCACCGACGUUCAUCACAACCAGCCCCGCCCACCUACUCACCCCAACAUCCACCCUUAACGAGGGUAGAAACACCUCUUCACUCCCUGGGGGAACCAGACAUCACAGAUAGAUUAGAGAUGCUGUGUAGGAGUGUGACGGAGCAUGCACUAGAUGAAGCAGAUCACAAUGGAGAAAUAUCAAGACAUUGACAUCACUACCCUCCCACGGAGAAACAGACAAAAUGAUGGGAUGUUAUGGGCCUACUAAUGAUAAAAUAAAGACUGAUUCAUCCCAGUGGCUACCAGAACUCUAGGUAACCGUGGUCUGGACAACAGGGAUUCUCUAUGAUGACACCAAGUAGCAGCUUCAUCACUGCACCAUGAAGACAAAACUAGAUCACACUCUAGUUUGAACAGAAGAAUAGUUUUUAAGGAAGAAAAAGACAUGUUUUGGUUGCAGUAUUACUUUGUUUAGCAACAUGCAGCUGUGUGGGUUAGGUGCAUGGAUGACGACGAUGAUGAUGUAUAUUGUAGGGUUAUUAUUUCAUGCUGUCUUUGUUCACUUCUUGAUAAUAAGUGAUGUGUCAGAGAAACUAAGAGGGUAGUCUCCUUUGAAGAAUCCCAUCAGGCAUCUGUAGUAUUUUGUGUUUUCUAGGCUAUAAAAUCAACUCCUGUAGUUAGAAUGAGGUGAAUAACUACCAGUUGUCCAUUAUAUUGUGCCAUGCCAAAGUAUAAGACACUGCAGAGGAUAUGUGCGAGAUGUAAGUGAUGUCAUGCAAAAUAUGCAGAAAUCAGUUUGUAGGAAGUGACUUGGCUUAGUAUGUUCAAUCUUUUUCAAAGCUAUUUAUAGUUUAGAAAGUAGUAAAGUUGAUACACUUAUUGGUCACUCUUUGCCAACACAGCUAGUAAUGAUUUGUGGACCAAACAAGAUUUCAUUAUUUCUUGUGUUACACUGCAAUCAUAGGCAACAGGAUUUUGACAAAGUCAAGCACCCAGCACAAGACAAUACACAUGAAUAAAUGUGCAGUAUACCACAAUCAAAUAUCUUGACUUUCAGAAAUUUUCACUAAUUUGGGCCUAUUAUUCACAGUUAUAUAUUCCACAUCCAGCAAUGGUAAUAUGUGAAAGAGGAAAACUUAGCAAGGUUGGAUUCACAAAAUCAGCAAAAAUAAAACCAUCAUGACAUUUUUGCUUGUACAUUGGGUGAGUAUUGACUCAUUAGAUGUGUUCUGUAUUGGCAAAUGUUCUUAUCAUUCAUAAGUCACUCUGCACAGUGACUGAAGAAAGAGGACUGUUGAUAUUGAACUGAACACUA